CUUUUUCCCCCAUGAGAGGGGGGAGAGAGAGUGGAAAUAUAAGAUAACUGCAAAAAAAGCGAACUCCUCCAAAUGUCUGAGUCUUUGGAUAUCUCUCUCUAGAUUCCGCUCCGAGCCAACAAGUGGAUUUUAUUUUGUAUUUUCUAUUUUCCCCCACUUCUUCUUAAGAAAAAAGUAUAUAUACGUAUAUAUACAUCUAUCCCACCGCCGCCUGGCAGCGGGGUGGGGGGACUCCAGAAGGUGGGGUGGGGAGAGAAAAAAGGCAGCGGUCUCCGGAGGUGGCGGCUGACUAUGGAAGAGCAGACGGACAGUAAAAGUCAGCGAGACUCUGCUCCGACGCCCGCCAGCCACAGCCAUAGCCACAGCAGCGGCGGCAGCAGCAGCAGCAGCGAUGGAGAGAGCGUCCCGGUGUCUCCGAGCCACGCGCCCUUGUCUCCGGCAGCGCCUUGCCUCGUCUCCCUGCCCCAUCUCCCCCAUCACCACCACCACCAUCACCACCACCACCACCACCUCCAGCAGCAGCAGCAGGCGCCUCCGCCUCCCCAGCAGCAGCAGCAGCAGCAGCAACAACAGCAGCGGCCGCCACCCCAGCAGCAGGCACCGCAGCCCCAGCCGCAGCAGCACCGCACCACCAACUUUUUCAUCGACAACAUCCUGAGGCCGGACUUUGGCUGCAAGAAAGAGCAGCUCUUGAUCCUCGCCGGGACUGCCGGAGGAGGAGGAGGAGGAGGAGGUGGCGGCGGCGGCGGCGGCCGGGACAGAGACCUAGACCGCGCGGCCAGCUCAGGUAGAGAAAAUGUCAACCCACUGCUCGGCAGGCCCCCCAACCCGGCCUCCUCUCUCCUUAGCGCGGAUUCGCACGACAACAGCUCCUCCACGGCCUCCUCCAAAGCGAGCCCCGCCGCGGAGGCAGCGGUAGGGACGGCCAAGCCCCCCUCCUCCUCCUCCACCUCCUCCUCCUCCUCUUCCUCUUCCUCCUCCUGCUCGGAAGGGAGUGGAACUCACCCGCCGAAGUAUGGGGAGCACGCCAGCCCCACCAUCCUCCUCAUGGGCGCCAGUAAUGGAGGAGCUGUUGCCAAGAGCGAUAGUCAACAGCCGCUGGUAUGGCCUGCCUGGGUUUACUGCACUAGGUAUUCAGACAGACCAUCCUCGGGUCCCCGCACGAGGAAACUGAAGAAGAAAAAGAACGAGAAGGAAGACAAGAGGCCGCGGACCGCUUUCACGGCGGAGCAACUCCAAAGACUCAAGGCGGAAUUCCAGGCGAACCGCUACAUCACCGAGCAGAGGCGGCAGACCUUGGCCCAGGAGCUGAGCCUCAACGAAUCGCAGAUCAAGAUCUGGUUCCAGAACAAGCGGGCCAAGAUCAAGAAAGCCACCGGCAUCAAGAACGGCCUCGCCCUCCACCUUAUGGCCCAAGGACUAUACAAUCAUUCCACCACCACCGUGCAAGACAAAGAGGACAGCGAAUGAGCGAGCCCACUGCCUGCUCCAGAGACGCUUUGAUGCUUAAUAUUAUUAUUCUAAUUAUUAUUCUAAUAUUAUUAUGAAUUUGGUCGCCAGGGAAGUCAGAGCAUUACGCGACGGAAAGGACAAUGUGGAACGCAAAACAAACAAAAGGACUUCUUCACCGCGAUGACACGUUUGAGGGGGACUUAGAAGGGUGCUAUUUAAAGAAGAAGAAGCAGAAGCAAAUUUAUUGUCUAUUCAUAGUUAUAAGGAUUCCGAUUUUAAAACAAACAAACCCGAACUCUUGCAAAAAUUAUCUAUAUAGCCAAACAUCGUAUGAUCUUGUAUAUAUUUAAUUUCAGGUAAGAAAAAAAUAACAAUGUGUAGCGUUUUCUAUUCGCUCAACCGUUGAGUGCUCUCCCCCACCCACUUUCUUCUUUGGUCUUGACCCCCCCCCUGUUUGUUUUCUUAAUUAUUAUCCCCCACCAACAUCUUGGUUCUGAAGUACGUGUCUGGCGCUCUCCAACGUUGCUUUUCUCCCGUCCACCCCCGCCGCCCACUCCCCAUGUGUUUUUGUGUGUGCCUUUUUCUAUCCUUGUUUUGCGUGCGUGCGUGUGUUGUUUCUUUUUCUGAGGAAGAAUAAUAACAAAUAUGACCCACAGACUGCGAGACUGAACCCCUUGCUGCAAGCCAAAGAUUUUUUUUCUUAUGUUCAGAAAUCUGUAGUCUGAAAUAAAGUGUAGAUUGUGUUCAGGA